CAAGUGUUGAUGCCUCAGCGUCAUCACCGCGCGUGAACAAAAUCCUCGGAUAAACAAGGCUAAUAAUAAAGUUUACAGCUUCAGAUGUGUGAGGGGCCGUCAUCAAUAUCUGGGCCAAUCCCCCCGGAUCCUUCUCUGUUCCCUCAGUACUACAAACGACCUGCUUCAGCUCGUGGACGUUUAGAGGGAAACCACAAUGGGACUUUGGCCUUGCUCUCAGGGCCACUUGCUCCAGAUCCUGUGUUGUACCCUGGCUGCUACAGUGCUCGUUCCCCAGCACAUCCUCCCCGUGUUGGCCCCAAUGCCACCUAUAUCCUGGAACGAGGACAAAGAGGUGUAGUGGGGGAACUACUCAAACUAGAUGGUGUUUCGAUCACUCCUGUUCCCAAACAGAAACAGCGAGUACAUGACUUUAGUAAAGAGAAUGUGCGUCGUCUCCGGGAGAUCCAGAGACGCUGCAAAGAGCAGGAGGCUGAAAGAGCACAGUCUCGUCCGGCUCCUGUCAAAGCUCUUUGGACCUCCUCCAAAUACGAGAAUGUCCCAUCCAGGGUGAUGGCCCAGCUACAGGUUUCUUGUCCAUCUGUUAAACCACAGUGUCAAAAAUUUCUGAAGGCUCACUCUAAUGGUGGAUUUACUGCCCCACCAAGACCACACUCCAAAGCUUUGCAACGCCCUGCGUCGUGCAACUCUUUACAUGACCAGGAUUUGCAAGUGAAAGGUCAGACCAUAGACUUCAUAAAACAUAAUGCCCAGGCUGCAAGAAAAACUGUGCUGCGUCGGUCACAAUCACUGACAAAUCUAAGAGAUAAGCCUGUGCCCAGUGCAGUCAAGGGACAGGUGCCUCAGUAUCUUGAGGAGAGGAAGGAGCUUUGGCGUAAAGAAGAGGAAGAGAGGAGGAGAAACACACCUGAUCCUACAAUCCCAGCUGGUCAUGCCCUGAUGCCUGAGAGUGAGAGACAAGAGACACUGAAGUCCCUCAAAGAGACUCAUUGCUCCCUGGUGACUGAGCUGCUGUCACUCCCUCUCAAAGCUGACAAUCUGAGCUUUCGCUCACGAAGGGCUCACCUCGAUUGUAGGCUUUCUGAAAUCGAGGAGGCCAUUAAAAUAUUCUCCAGGGACAAAGUUUAUAUAAAAAUUAAUUCCUAAUACAUGAAGAAGAAGAUGAGGAGGGGAAAGAAGGAAGAGGAGACGAUCCUGUAUAUCCACUGCUUUAUUGAGAUUCAUUUUCAUUUUGUAGUUGUGCAACACUGAAGCUUUUAAAAUAGAUGAUUAUUUUAACGUUUUAAAAGUAUUUUCAUUUUGUAAAUUGAAAGAACUAUAUUAUAAAUGGGGGGAUUAUUACUUGAAGUCAACCACUGAGGUUACUGAAUGUCACUUGCAUGCUGCUGAAUAACAUGCAGUUUGCUCUCGGAAGAAAAAAUAAGCAGAUGCGCUGUAAACAGUCCAUUAGCUCAUAAAUAUCAUUUGCUGAGAUGUGACUUGUUUUUGGGUUGUUGUUUUUUUUGUGUGUACUACUGAUGAAUUAUUUUGUGAA